GCGGCCCGAGCGAUCGCCGCGGGGACGGGGCGCGGCGGGCACUGCGCAGAGCGCGCAGACCAGACCGACGGCGGCCGGGACCCGACGGCGGCGCCUCCACGUUCCCCGACUUCGGCCAGAGCCCCUGGCCAGCCGCCCGCGCCCAGCCCCUGCGUACCCGGGCUCCCGAUGGGUCCCGAGGCCGGGGCGCCCCCGCGCCCGCUGCCCUGGGCGGCGCUGCUGCUCUUGGCCGCGCUGCUCCCCGUCGCCUCCUCGGCGGGGGCCCCAGUUGACCACCCACUGAAGCCAAGGCACGUGAAACUGCAGCCCACCAAAAUGGGCCUGAAAGUCACAUGGGACCCACCCAAAGAGGCCUCCAGUAGACCUGUGGAGCAUUACAACAUUGCCUAUGGGAAGUCACUGAAAAGUCUUAAAUACAUCAAGGUGAAUGCGGAGACAUACUCCUUCCUUAUUGAGGAUGUGGAGCCGGGGGUAGUGUACUUUGUGCUGGUUACUGCAGAAAACCACAGUGGAUUCAGCCGUCCAGUAUACAGAGCUGAAAGCCUACCUGGAGGUGAAUGGAUCAAGAUUGAUGGUUUUCCCAUCAAGGGUCCAGGACCAUUUAAUGAAACCGUCACAGAAAAGGAAGUGCCCAACAAGCCCUUGCGUGUGCGUGUCCGGUCGUCGGACGACAGGCUGUCUGUUGCGUGGAAGGCUCCACGUCUGUCUGGAGCCAAGAGUCCACGCAGAUCUCAGGGUUUCCUCCUGGGCUAUGGAGAAAGCGGCCGGAAGAUGAAUUAUGUUCCACUGACCAGAGACGAGCGGACACAUGAAAUUAAAAAGCUAGCCUCGGAGUCAGUGUACGUGGUCUCCUUGCAGUCCAUGAACACCCAGGGGCAGAGCCAGCCGGUCUACAGGGCUGCCCUAACAAAACGCAAGAUUUCAGAAGAGGAUGAACUGGAUGUGCCCAAAGACAUCAGUGUCCGGGUUAUGUCAUCCCAAUCUGUGCUUGUGGCCUGGGUGGAUCCUGUUUUGGAAAAACAGAAGAAAGUUGUUGCAUCGAGACAGUACACCGUGCGCCAUCGGGAAAAGGGGGAAUCCGCCAGGUGGGAUUACAAGCAAGUCACCAACAGACGUGUGUUGAUCGAGAACCUGAUUCCAGACACCGUGUAUGAAUUUGCAGUCCGUAUUUCUCAGGGGGAAAGAGAUGGCAAGUGGAGUCCAUCAGUCUUCCAAAGAACACCAGAAUCUGCUCCUAUCACAGCUCCUGAAAACUUGAAUGUCUGGCCAGUCAAUGGGAAACCUACAGUUGUCACUGUGUCUUGGGACGCACUGCCAGAGACGGAGGGCAAGGUGAAAGAAUACAUUCUUUCCUACGCCCCGGCUCUCAAGCCAUUUGGAGCAAAGUCCCUCACCUAUCCUGGAGACACUACUUCUGCCCUGGUGGACGGUCUGCAGCCUGGGGAACGCUAUCUUUUCAAAAUCCGGGCCUCAAACCGGAGAGGCCUGGGCCCUCACUCCAAAGCCUUUGUUGUCGCUAUGCCAACAACCAGGAGCAGCGAGUCCAAUGUUCAGCAGAACACAGAUGGUCACUGGAAAUCUCAGAAACCUGAGCCUCCCUCAGCUUCUCCCAAAGAUUCAGCUUCCUCAAGACACACUGUUUCUCCUCAAGAUAGAAACGUGAAGGACCCCCUUGUUGACUUGAAGAACAAAAUACUGACUAGUGGUGGGGUGUCCAGAAAACUUCCCCUUCGUCAUAAGACUGAAGAGUUGGAUCUUCAGUCAAUAGAAGUCACCAAUGCUGAGGAGCCCGAUUCCCAGGAGGACCCACCAGCCUUGCCCUUGAUGACCCAAGGCCAGAGGCGACCCCUGAGGCCCCCAAGCAAGUACAGACACUCAGUGGUUGCUCCUGGCAGGACUCCAGCGCUGCCCCCGAGGGAAGGUGAAGAUGAACCGGGUUCCUCCUUGUUGGUGGCCCCGCCUCACUCAGGGGCAGCCUCUUCUGCCCAGCACACAGCCACCCAGCACAUAGCCACCUCUCACGGUCCCUCUGGGGGCCUCUCAGCCAAUCUGCCUGCCAGCUCUGCAGACAACGAUUCGGUGGACCCAGCUGAGGAUGAGCAGGCUGCAGGCUCCCUCCAUCCCAAGGACACUCCCGCCCACCAGCUGCCUCCCAAGAGCCGCGCCCAGACCCGGCCAGCCCUGUCUCCCAGCCGCCAGUCGGCCUCCAGCGUCCUGAGGGACAGAAGUGCCAUGAGGCAUGGGACAAAACCAGCGUUACCCGCACGGAGGACACCCCAUUCUGGGAUCAUGGAGGAAGAUUUGAGCGCUUCAGCCCCAGCGUCAAGACUUUCUCCACCCCAUUGGGGGUCAUCUCGGCUGCUGCCCACCCAACCGCACCCAGGCCCUCUGCCCUCUGGGAGUUGGAGGGAUGGUCAUGAAGCCCUAGGUUCCAACGCCAACGCACCAUCACGGUCCACCAUGUCUUCCUCCAAGACACAGGUCUCUGAGGGAGUAGAUACUUUUGAUGGGCAGGAUGACAGUGACAGUGAGGCAGAAGGCAGCAGGAGGCCGGCAGAGGCCACCGCCCAGACUCUGCGGACCCGGCCUGCCUCUGGACACUUGAGUUUGCUCAGACACAAGCCCUUUGCUGCCAAUGGCAGGUUUCCAAACAGGUUUGGCGGCAGCCGGGGACCCCGGCUCCAGCCUUCCAGCUCCCCCCAGUCCACUGUGCCCUCUCGAGCCCACUCCAGGGGUCAUUCUCACCCAGCAUACGUCCCCAGGGCUGGCUCAGGCACCCACGGAGAUGAUGAUGAUGAGAAGCCACUUUCUGCUACCCCGGUAAAUGACCACAUGCCUUCCUCCUCCAGACAGCACACAUCCCGGGGGUGGGACCCCCUAAAAAGAAUCCCCCAGAGAGGGGCCAGCCUGCUCCAGAAGGAGCCCGUCCCAGAGAAUCCCAAAACCGCAGAGAUAGAGGCACAGUCUCAGGGCAAAUCCUCCCCUUUGUCCUCUAAGGAGCAGGACCUUCAACAGAGGACUGAUGUGGACACGGAGGGCCGUAACCCCCAAACGCAGCCAGUGUCCUCAGGGCGCCAGCAGUCCCCUGCGCGUCCUGCCACAGUACGGUCACAGCACUACCCCAGGCCCAGUGUUCCCAGAAGGAUAACACUAGACAGGGCCCCCGAAAGUCAGCCCCCUUCGCGGGUCUCCCCGUCCCAGCACUAUCCCUCGGGCUCCCAGAGCAAGGACGCGGGGCGGUCACUUUCCCAGCCCAAGCUGGCGCUCGCUCAGGCUGGCCCCACGCCGCAGGGCAGCGCCCACGCCCUCCUGGACCCGCAAGGGGCGAGCUCCCGGGGGGCGCUGCACGCGGCGCGACACAGCCAGGACGACGAUUCCCGGAGCAGCGAGGACGACAACAGUACGGGACUCGGGGCCCCUGCCCGCGCCAAGGACGCCGCACUGCUCCUGCCCAAGCACGGUCAGGUGGUGUCGCCGGCGGGGAGCCCAGACCACAGACCUCAGCGCGGACACGCAAACUCCUCGCCAAGGCCCGGCUGGCCCCAGCCCCGCGCCCGCGUCCGCGUCCCCAGCAGGGCAGGGUCCCCUGCGGGGCAGGAGGAGGAGGACGCCGCCGAGGCCACACCCAGGGAGACAGAGCCUCCUUCCAGGCGGCCCCUCCCGUCCAAAUCCCAGCAGUCGGUCUCGGCCGAGGACCACGAGGAGGACGAGGAGGGAUUCCUGAAAGGAGGAAGGGAAGACCCUCUGUCUUCCCCUGUGUCCAAGUGGCCCUCCUCCUCCACCCCCAGGGGCGGCAAAUAUGCCGACGGCAGCGUCGCCAAGAACAAGCGGUGGCCUGCGGCUGUGCCCGGAGGGAGCCCCGCGCAGGAGAGCGCAGCUCCAGGGAAGCGGCCCCCGGGCAGCCCCACCAGGGCCUCCGCCCUCCUGCCCCGCCCGCCGCCCCGCAGCCCCGCCCCCGCGGGUCCCGUCACCGCGGCGCCCCCCUGGGCACGCCCCUCUCCGCGCGCCCCGCCCCGCCCCGCCCCCACCCCCAUGCUGUCCCUGCGCCAGCGCAUGAUGCACUCGAGGUUCCGGAACCCCCUCUCCCGCCCGCCUGCGAGGCCCCAGCACAGACAAGGUUAUAAUGGGGGAUCAAACGUAGAAGGGAAAAGCCCUCCAAGUGGUAAUGGAAAACCGAAUGGACAGAGAUUUAUCAAUGGCCCUCAAGGGACAAAGUGGGUUGUGGACCUUGAUCGUGGGUUAGUAUUGAAUGCGGAAGGAAGGUACCUCCAAGAUUCACAUGGAAAUCCUCUUCGGGUUAAACUAGGAGGAGAUGGUCGAACCAUUGUGGAUCUGGAAGGGACCCCCGUAGUGAGUCCCGACGGCCUCCCCCUCUUUGGGCAGGGGCGACACGGCACACCUCUGGCCAGUGCCCAAGAUAAGCCAAUUUUGAGCCUCGGAGGGAAGCCUCUAGUGGGCUUGGAGGUCAUUAAAACGACCACCCAUCCCCCCACCACAACCACACGGCCUACCACCACCACUGCCACCACCACCACGAGGAAGACUACGACGACGAUGAUGACAACGACUCUGAGGACCACGACGCCCCUGCCCACCACUACGACCCUGCAGCCCACGACUGCCACCACCCGCCGCAUGACCACCACCCGCCGCCCGGCGACCAUGCGCCCAAAGACCACCCGAACCACCAUGCGGACGACGACCACCACCACCACCCCCGAACCCACAACCCCCAUCCCUACGUGUCCCCCCGGGACCCUGGAGAAGCACGAUGAUGAUGGCAACCUGAUAGUGGGCUCCGACGGGCUCCCGGAGUGCUCCCCUGAGGAAGAUGAGUUCUCAGGCUUGGAGACUGACACGGCAACACCCACGGAAGAGGCCUAUGUGGUAUAUGAUGAAGAUUAUGAAAUUGAGACCUCGAGGCCACCAGCCACCACGAAGCCUUCGACCACUGCGGUCACACCAAAGGUCAUCCCUGAAGAGGGCACCAUCAGUUCCUUUCCUGAAGAAGAAUUUGAUCUGGCUGGAAAGAAACGAUUUGUUGCUCCUUAUGUGACGUACCUAAAUAAAGACCCGUCAGCCCCUUGCUCUCUGACCGAUGCUCUGGAUCACUUCCAAGUGGACAGCCUGGAUGAAAUCAUCCCAAAUGACCUGAGGAAGAGUGACCUGCCUCCUCAAAAUGCUCCCCGCAACAUCACCGUGGUCGCUAUGGAAGGCUGCCACUCGUUUGUCAUUGUGGACUGGGACAAAGCCGCCCCAGGAGACGUGGUAACAGGCUACUUGGUUUACAGUGCAUCCUACGAAGACUUCAUCAGAAACAAGUGGUCCACUCAAGCUUCCUCAGUGACUCAUUUACCCAUAGAGAACCUGAAGCCAAACACAAGGUAUUAUUUCAAAGUUCAAGCCAAAAAUCCUCAUGGUUACGGACCUGUGAGCCCUUCUGUGUCAUUCGUUACAGAAUCAGACAAUCCUCUGCUUGUUGUGAGGCCACCUGGUGGUGAGCCCAUCUGGAUCCCAUUUGCUUUCAAACAUGACCCUGGCUACACGGACUGCCAUGGAAGGCAAUAUGUGAAGCGGACAUGGUAUCGGAAGUUUGUGGGAGUUGUUCUUUGUAAUUCACUGAGGUAUAAGAUCUACCUCAGUGACAACCUGAAAGAUACCUUUUACAGCAUUGGAGAUAGCUGGGGGCGAGGCGAAGACCACUGCCAAUUUGUGGAUUCUCACCUAGAUGGAAGAACAGGGCCUCAGUCCUAUGUGGAAGCCCUCCCUACCAUUCAAGGCUACUAUCGCCAGUAUCGCCAGGAGCCCGUCAGCUUUGGCCAUAUUGGUUUUGGAACCCCCUACUACUACGUGGGCUGGUACGAGUGUGGGGUCUCCAUCCCAGGAAAGUGGUAACCCAGGGCCGUUGUGCUGCAUGCUGGCCCUGGCCGGUCCCAUCGCUGUCUCACACGGGGCUGUGAGCCGGAGGCAGAUGGCGUCCCCAGCCCUGCUCUUGCUGCUUGCGUGUCAAGAAGGCCACAGGAUGGACACUGCACAUUCUGGUCACCUUCGGUCUGGAACUCAGUACCAUGUCUUGGCCUAGACUACAAUCAGGACUCGGUUUUGCUGUUAACUUCACUUCUCCACAUUUUUUGUUUGUAGUAAGCACAUCUCGGAGAUACCAGCAGCAGCUGCCUCAGUGUGACUUCCAGACUUUUUAGCCACGAAGUUCGGCACUUUGGUAUUUCCAGGAACAGCAUAAGCACACCGUGCUGGCUUUGUGGAAUGCUACACGCUUGCUGUUUUUCUCAUUUCAGAUUCCUUCAGGUCUCUUUGUAUGCAGUAGAACAGAAUUACUAAGAACAGCGCCAAAGAAAAUAUAUCCCACUUGAGGUUUACUCUAUGGACUUACUGCUUGACUAAAUGUACCAAAUCUUAUUUGUAAAUUCUCAAUUUUGAUAUAUAUAUGUAUAUAUGCAUAUACAUAUCCACGCUUAUCUGCAAGAAUAUUGAUUAAAAUGGCUAAAUUUGUACUUGUUCACUAGA